AGAGGCAGUCUAGGUUAUGCAGUCAACCCAGGACAACUGUAGUUUCUGUGUAUGGCGCGUCUUCUCUACCGACUGAAUACAAAAACUAAGCCUCGUUUUAAAGGUUCAGCGAAAAUUUAUCCUAGUGCUUAAAUUAAUUAGUUUGUGUUUUUUUUGUUUUUUCUAUCAUAAUCCUUAACGAGUCGUAAUAUCUAGUAUUCGCGCGCAAAGCAACACUGCGAGGCGAACUGACUGGACCCGUGGUCUGAUGAGGAAGGAUGGCGGAGGACGUGAAGGAAGAGUCGGUGACUUCUAACGAUGAGUCGGAUUUAGCAGCAUCUGACGGGAGCCUAAAUAACACGAUGUUGACAGAAGGCUCCUGUCUCCUGCGGAGGAUGGAGAUCAGUGUUGCUGAAGCUGAGAAAAGGAGCGGUAAGAAUGCAGUCAGCAUACAGGAGACCUACACUGUGUACCUGGUUGAGACAAGACCAAUGGAUGCAAUUGCUGAAGGCCAUAAUCCACCGCCUGACUCUCUGUGGAGGCGAUACAGUGAGUUUGAACUGCUGAGGAACUAUCUGAUAGUUACAUAUCCAUACAUCGUGGUUCCUCCUCUGCCUGAGAAGAGGGCAGAGUUUGUAUGGCACAAGCUUUCUGCAGACAACAUGGACCCAGACUUUGUGGAGCGGCGCAGGAUUGGACUGGAGAACUUCCUGCUCCGUGUGGCCUCUCAUCCAGUUCUUUCCAAUAACGAGAUGCUUUACCACUUCCUCACCAAGGAGCAUGGCUGGAAGGAAAUGGUGUAUGAGACAGGAUUCCAGGCAAAGGCAGAUUCCAGACUCAGAGCUUUGAGCGCCACCUUCAGGGUGAGAAGUCCACAUAAACGCCUAGUGGAGAUGAAACAUUACAGCGAUGGGCUUCAGUCUCACACUUCUCAGCUGCUUCGAGCACGAACUAGGGUUGCCGAUAGACUGUAUGCUGUUUACAAAGUCCACGGAAACUAUGGACGAGUCUUCAGUGAGUGGAGUGCCAUUGAGAAAGAGAUGGGAGAUGGACUGCAGAGUGCUGGUCAUCACAUGGAUGCCUAUGCUGCCUCAGUAGACGACAUCUUGGAAGAAGAGGAACAUUAUGCUGAUCAGCUGAAAGAAUAUCUGUCCUACGCUGAAGCUGUGAGAGCAGUGUGCAGAAAACAUGAGCUGAGCCAGUUUGAGCUGGAAAUGGCGUCCCAGGACCUCAUCUCGAAGAAGCAGCAGCGUGAGGAGCUGGCCACCGGGAUAGUGCGCACUUUCUCCUUAAAAGGCAUGACCAACAAGCUUUUUGGGCAAGAAGCACCUGAGCAGAGGGAUGCCAAGCUCAACCUCCUGGAGGAGCUGAUAGCAGAGGGGGAAGAGACUGUGAAGGAGAAAACAGCUGAGUGCGAUGAGCAUGCUGAAAAGGCGUGGGCAGACAUUGUCCGUUUUAAGGAUCAGAAGGACAAAGAUCUGCAAGAGGCGCUCAUCAACUACGCUCUCAUGCAAAUCAGCAUGUGCAAGAAGGGAAUACAAGUGUGGAGUAAUGCCAAAGAAUGCUUUCUCAAGAUGUAGAGUCAAAGCCAUGCAAGUUCUACUAAUAUAAGUGAGACCUGUGGACACAUUUAUACACUGGAACAUCUUAUUCAAGUACUUUGAAUGGGGUGGGGGAGAUCAUAAAAAUGACCUUUAACCUGAUGUUUAAGCUUUUAAUAUUUUCAAAAGUUACAUGCUGGAGAUUGUUUCUUCGGUGUUGGAUCUAUAUGAAUGAGCACAGUGGGAGGAUGGGCUGGUGAGGCUGAAACUAGAGGAGAAGAUAUGAAAAUAUCUGAGACUUAAUCCAAAGGUAUAGAGUGGGAGCAAAUUAUUAGUAUCUCAAAAACUCAAAUAUUAGCUGAACUCUGACCCCAAACCCUUAGAACAGAGCAGGAGGAAGCCCAAACCAUUCCUUCCACCAAUCUGACUGGACGAGGAUCAGAUCCCAGACCGCAGCGUCUUCGCCCGCCUUUAACCGUACAGCCAGGUAGAAUAUUAAAGAGAGUGGAAUAUUGACUCUGGUGCCUGGAAAUUAAGUCUUCAGUCAGAGGCAUCUGCAGAUUGGUUGCGAGACUGACCUCUACCAGAGAUUCUUUCGACCCACAGCAUCACCAUCCAAAAUGAUUCUUUGAAGAUACUUUGAUGAAUUUAGUUUUCAUUUCCCUUUCAUUCCCCAUAUUAUUUUUGAAUUUAAUUGAAACUUUGACACUGGUCAAAUAUCUGGUCAAUGUCCCCUUAUAUAUA